GCGCAUCUAAUGGGAGGGACAUGAAACAUCACUUUGAGUUCGCAGUCUCUCUCAGUCUCUCUCUGAGUCCAGUUAAUUCUUAGACAGUUAUUCCUGGUGUACUCGAGGCGACAUGAGCGGAAGAGUUGGAGAUCUGAGCGCGAAACAAGCCGAAGCUUUGGCCCAGUUUCGAGAGAAAGUUAAGGAUAUUCUACCCCAGUGUCCAUCCCAGAGUGACCACUUCCUGCUCCGAUGGCUGAGAGCCAGAAACUUCAAUCUUCAGAAAGCCGAGGCCAUGCUGCGCAAGCACAUGGAAUUUCGGAAACACAUGAAAGUUGACACCAUCCUUACAGAGUGGCAGCUGCCAGAGGUGAUAGAGAAGUAUCUGUCUGGAGGGAUGUGUGGCCAUGACCGUGAAGGGUGCCCGGUCUGGUAUGAUGUCGUCGGACCUUUGGACCCUAAGGGUAUGAUGCAUUCGGCGUCCAAGCAGGACUUAAUCAAGUCUAAAGUCAGAGACUGUGAGAUGCUGCAGAAAGAGUGCGACCUACAGAGUGAACGGCUGGGUAGAAACAUUGAGUCCAUUACUAUGGUCUAUGACUGUGAAGGUCUGGGAAUGAAGCACUUGUAUAAGCCUGCUAUAGAGACUUAUGGAGAGAUUCUCACAAUGUUUGAAGAUAACUAUCCAGAGGGACUCAAGAGGUUACUUGUCAUUAAAGCACCCAAACUGUUUCCUGUGGCGUACAAUCUGGUGAAACAUUUUUUGAGUGAGGACACUCGCCGGAAGGUCGUCGUACUGGGAUCAAACUGGCAGGAGGUUUUACAGAAAUACAUCGACCCUGAGGAGCUCCCAGCGUACUAUGGAGGCAAACUGACCGACCCUGAUGGUGACCCCAGAUGUAGAACUAGGAUUACUGUCGGAUCAGAGAUUCCCAAGACCUACUAUGUUCGAGACUCCAUUAAAGUGGACUAUGAUCAGUCUGUGACUAUUGGCCGCAGCUCAUCUCAUCAGGUGGAAUAUGAGCUACUUGCACCAAACUGUGCCCUAAGAUGGCAGUUCACCUGUGAUGGUGCUGAUGUAGGUUUCGGUGUCUAUAGGAAGAAGAAGAUGGGAGAGUGGAUGAAGGCCAGUGAAAUGGAGGAAAUUGUGCCAAAUGAGCGUUACAACGCCCACCUGGUACCAGAGGACGGAUCCCUCACCUGCCCAGAACCAGGAGUGUACGUUCUGCGAUUUGACAACACGUACAGCAUCUUCCAGUCCAAAACAGUCAGCUUCACAGUGGACGUUCUCCUACCAAGUCAAGUCAACCAAUCAGAACGUUAGAAAUUAUGGCAAUAAAUUGAGAUUAUGAAACUCUUGCUCUGAAGCAUAACAAACUCAUGAUAUCUUAUACAGUAUCUCUUCUGUGCUUAUAAAAAGAAAAUAUUAUAAUAAUGCUGCUCUCGAAAGGAGAGUAUGUACUUUAAUUGAACUGAAUAAACACUGCAUUAAAAUAGUGUGCAAUGACUGAUAAAUCUAGAUCCUGAUAUCGAUGUCAGUGUGAUUCUUUACAUUUGUUUCUAUAAUAUAAAGAUGAUUGAUCAUAAAUGAAGUGUUGAGUUUAUCAGUGAUGUGUAGUCUAUCAAGUGUAACAACUAUGUUGCAGAUGACUAGACUGAAACUGUCUUGGUAUGUAUUAUUUGAGCUUACCCUUAUGUAACCUCUUUAUGAUUGCCUUAACCCGUGUUAUCUGUUUAGUUCCUUUUGAUCGUGAAUUCAUCUGAUAAUAAGUCUGCAGUUUUCUCUCAGGAUGUGAUUAGAGGUUCAAUUAUUACCUACUUUUAUGUUUUUCACGCACACAAAUAUGUGAACCUUUAGAAAUAAUUUGUUUACAAAGAAUAUUUAACUUGAUACAGAGUAUGAUGUCGACAUGUCAUUGGUUGGGUGGCGGGUUUUUUUUAAUCCUUUUUUUUUUUUUUUUUUUUACUAAUUGAUGUCAAUUUUUCAUAGUAAGAUUUUAUACCUCAGGUCCUUGUGUUUACGGUAACGGUGCCUGUAUUUGAUUCCAGCAACAUACAUCUGUUCUGGAAGUGACCACAUUGUAUUUCGUCUGAUUUGUCACUAUUGAUUUUGUAAUAUUAAUGUAAUUUAUACAUGAUAUUGUAUUGAUUUUCAUUAAUUAACUAAUUAAAUAUAUAUAUUACACUAGCAAAAACAA